AACAAUGUUGGUGCCGGCGUGGCUGGAGUCGCUGCUGAGCACCGCCUUCUUCUCUGUCUGCCGCCUCCAAAGGGACGCCGCGAGGAGCGAAUGCAACAUGUACUGCCUGGAUUGCAAGGGCGAGUCGUUCUGCUUCUACUGCCGCUCUUCCCGCCAAUAGGAUCAUCAAGUCAUCCAGGGGAGAAAUGCUGCAGAUUCGGAGGUCUUCGUAUCACGACGUGGUGAGGGUCGGUGAAAUACAGAGGUUGCUGGACAUCAGCGGGGUACAGACGUACGUGAUAAACAGCGCCAGAGUGAAGUUCAUGAACGAGCGGCCGCAGCCCAAAUCGGAGUCGCCCACGUUUGUGAGAUUUGCGGCCGGAGCUUGCUCGACACAUUCCGCUUCUGCUCGUUGGGCUGCAAGGUAAGAUUGCAGAGGAAAAUCCGCCAUUGAUGUUUGUUAGGCCCGGCAUGGCCUAAAAUUAGGCAAAAGUUCAGAUUGGGGGUGAUUAUUUUUUUCCAAGGCAAGCCCAAAGGGCAUGGGAC